CUGGCCAAUGAGGUUGUACUGCAUUCUGCUGCUGGUAGACUGCAUUGCCUAGGAAGGGGGGCUGGGAGUCGGUUGCAAGUUAGGAUGAUAUGUGAUAUAGGGCUUACUUGGUGUAUACAGUGUGCAACGGAGGAGUUCUUUUCCAGUUUUCUUGAGUAACUCGUGAACAUGGCUCACGAAGAUAGGCAGAAACACCAGCAGGAUGUUCCGAACGUCAUAAUCUCGCACCAAGACGAGGCACGUUCAGAACCGCCAGUUCUGGAGGUCACUACGGAGCCUGCAUCAGCGGUACAUCACCCCAAGAGCGGAACAGAGCCGACAGUAGCGCAUAUAACAAAGAACACAAUCUGCCGACAAGAACAACAUGAGCAUAGAAAACAAAGUGGAGGUGACCUUUAUGACAUGGCACACCUCCAAAUCUGUAUCUUCGCCAGCUUCAUCUGUGUAGGGAUAGUCUUUCUCUUGACUGGACUAGCGUUAACUUGUGUUGGACAUUCUACGACUCCUUACAGUGCAUUGGAAAUCGUAGUCAUUCGGGGACAUCGAGCAGGAGGGCCGAUUCUGAUGGGGUUCGGUGCAGCGUUCCUUGCCUAUGGCAUAAUCCUUGGCGUAUAUUCAAGAAGGCCGCCUUUACCGAGACGACCUCUACCGCCGAAUCUGGGUCAGCGUCCAUCUCGCACGUCCAUCACUGGCAUGGGAUCUUGCACAGUCGUCAGCGGUCUGCAGCCAGAACCGACACCAUUCCGUCGUAAAGGCUCGAUUACGCUUUCAGAACCAGAAACCACGGGACUGCCAGAACCUCACGUGAACGUCGCUAUGGACCUCGACCAUCCAGAUAAAUAACUCGUUUAUAAUAACCGUAUUCGGUCGGGAUGUAAGCGUCGCGUCGGACGGCCAUAGACAUGGCAUGCGGAGUUGAAAUGUGAUCAGCAUGGUUUGAGGAUGUGAACCAUUUUAAUAUCAAGAGGCUCGAUCGUGAUACAAAGUUGUGUUGUUUAAUCCUUUCAAUUUGCCUUUUUGCUCCUUCCUUAGUCCAAAAAUCUUAGUCCACAUUCUUUGCUUUGUCGGGCUCCUCUCGCACAGUAUGAUGAUACAACGAUUUCCCUUUGUCUAACCUGGGACAUCAUUCUGCUGUCUGGCGGCCAGGGAAGCAACAGAGGUCGAAAACCAGAUGGGAAACUAUUUUGUACAUGUAGUA